AUGUAUAAAUUUUGUAAAUAGAUAGUUAAAAUAAAUCAAGUACCAGCCAUUCUCAAUAAAAACAUCAAUAAUGAUUUAGCCUUUAAAAAAGACUUUGAACUUAACUCUGAAAUUAUAAUCCUAAAUUAAAGAAUCUAAAACAGAGAUAAACAUACUGAUCUCUACUCAUCAAUAUUCGGAGGAAUUAUUAUUACAAUUGGAGUCUAUGCUAUCUAUGAAGUUUAUUUCAGCAAAUCUGAAUAGCAAUUGAAGAAACUUAAGUUCAGUGCUAAAUGCUACUGCUCAUCCUUUUACUAAAGAGAUUUGACAUACAUUCUGAAUUACAUAAAUGAAAUGAAAACAAUAGAAAUCAAAAAUACAGGCUUCAUGAUUUACUUACUUAGUACAUUGAAACAUUAAAUUAAUAAAAGCAACUAUGAUAAUCUCUGUGUAAUUUAUGAAGAAGUGGCUAAGUUAUUAUUCACUCAUGAAAUAUACAUAAAGAUGUACGCAUAAAAAUACUCUCAACACUUUGCAAAUUUAUUAGAUUAUGCUAUUGCAAACAAUUUACAACUCAAGGAACAAUUACUCCUUCCAUCCCUAAUUGCAUAUACAAACUCUUCAAACAUAUUAAUUGAAAUUUAAUCAUUGUAUAUCUUAACUCAGCACAAACUGUAGGAUUCCAAACACAAGGACUUAUUUUAAAUUCACUAUUAAAAAGACAUUUCAACAGAGUAUGUGAAUACAACUGAAUUAUUUGAUAUGCUGAAAUCAAAUCGAAGUUUAUAGGAUUAUGACACUUUUAAAUCACUUUAUGAAAAUUCAUUGUAAACUGAGAAACAUAAACUACUGAAACAAGCAGCAUAGAAAUAAAAUUUAAGAUUGUGA